AUGGGUCAUGUCAGUGGCUUUGUGGCUUUGGCCAAAGAGCAGAAUCCAAAAAUUGAGGUUUCCCACUGUAUGAUACAUCGCCAGGCAUUGGUUGUGAAGCAGUUGGAACCAGAACUGGAAGCUUUCAUGAUUGAUGUGAUCAAGAUUGUCAAUGCUGUGAAAGGGCAUGCACUAAACACGCGGCUGUUUCGUGAUUUAUAUGUGCCUGAAGAGCCUGAAGGAUUGGCAGAAGCGCUUCUUGAACUUCGCUCCAACAGUGAAGCACGCAUGGAAUUUCAGAACAAGGCAGAUCUCUCGUCUUUUUGGAUGUCAAAAGCUGCAAAGGCUUUUAAAAUUGCACAUUUGGAAGCGACAAAAAUGCUGCUGCCUUUUGCAACAACCUACCUUUGUGAACAAGGAUUUUUCUACCCUUGUGAACUUGAAAACAAAGUAUAG